UUACGCGGACUCCCUAAAAUUUUGCAUCACCGUGUCCAAUUCGUUAGUCACUUCUUCGACCUCUUCCUCCAUGUUCACUGUAGCUCGCGCUUUCCGUAGUGUUGCCCGUACCGGCAACUAUGCCGCCCUCUCGCGGUCUUCGAUCGCGAGGAAUAUGAACACCAAAGUUUCCGGACCUGUCGUCGGCAUUGACUUGGGUACGACGAACUCAUGUGUUUCCGUCAUGGAAGGGAAGACGGCACGUGUGAUUGAAAAUUCCGAGGGUGCCCGAACAACACCCUCCGUUGUUGCAUUCACGAAACACGGCGAACGUUUGGUUGGCUUACCCGCAAAACGCCAGGCCGUCGUCAACCCCGCCAACACAGUCUUUGCAUUCAAGCGGUUGAUUGGCCGGCGAUACAAAGACAAGGAGGUACAGGAAGACGUAAAACAUUGGCCUUUCCAUGUUGUGGAAAAAGCCGACGGUCGGCCGGCUGUAGAAGUCGAUGUUGGUUCAAAGAAGCAACAAUACUCUCCUGAGGAGCUGUCUUCCAUGGUCCUUGUAAAGAUGCGUGAGACUUGCGAGCAGUUUUUCAACAAGAAAGUCAACCACGCUGUCAUUACCGUCCCCGCCUACUUUAAUGAUGCACAACGACAGGCAACAAAGGAUGCUGGUCAAAUUGCAGGUCUCGAAGUGCUGCGUGUGAUCAAUGAACCUACCGCUGCUGCUCUUGCGUAUGGUUUGGAUCGUUCUGAUUCGUCAGUCAUUGCCGUAUAUGACCUUGGAGGCGGUACCUUUGAUAUCUCAAUCUUGGAGAUGCAGAAGGGUGUUUUCGAAGUCAAGUCAACCAACGGUGAUACUCACCUUGGUGGUGAGGACUUCGAUAUCAUUUUGCUCAACCACAUCUUGGCCGAGCUUGGACGUGUGCAGCUGGAGAAUCUCGUGGAACCUCUUAUCAAGCGUACCAUUGAGCCGUGCAAGAAGGCUCUUUCCGACGCCGGUGUCAAGGCCAGUGAAAUUGACGAGGUCAUCCUCGUUGGCGGUAUGACUCGUAUGCCCAAGGUCUCUGACACGGUCAAGACCAUCUUCGGUCGCGAGCCCAGCAAGGGUGUCAACCCUGAUGAGGCUGUCGCCAUUGGUGCCUCCAUCCAGGGCGGCGUGCUUGCAGGCAACGUCACUGAUAUUCUGCUCCUUGAUGUUACGCCACUAUCGCUCGGUAUUGAGACGCUCGGUGGUAUCAUGACCAAGCUCAUCAGUCGUAACACGACCAUCCCGACAAAGAAGUCGCAGGUGUUCUCUACUGCUGCUGAUGGCCAGACUGCCAUCGAGGUGAAGAUCUACCAGGGCGAGCGUGAGCUUGUCCGGGACAACAAGCUGCUUGGCAACUUCAACCUCGUUGGUAUUCCACCUGCUCCCAAGGGUGUUCCUCAAAUCGAGAUCACCUUCGACAUUGAUGCUGACGGUAUUGUCAACGUAUCUGCCAAGGACAAGGCCACCAACAAGGACCAGUCCAUGACUAUCGCCUCGUCUUCCGGUCUCAGUGACAAGGAUAUCGAGCGCAUGGUUGCAGAUGCCGAGCAGUUCGCCGAAUCCGACAAGGCUCGUCGUGAUCUCAUCGAGGAAAGCAAUAAGGGCGAGUCCGUUUGCUCUGACACCGAGAAAGCUAUGAAUGAGUUCAAGGACCAGCUCGACGCUGCUGAAAAGGAGAAGGUGACCAAGCUUGUUACUGAGCUCCGUGAGCUUGCCGUCAAGGGUCAGGCUGGCGAUAGCGCUGUUACUUCUGAGCAAAUCCGGGAGAAAAUUAACGAGACUCAGCAAGCUUCGCUCGGCCUGUUCCAAAAGGUGUACGAGAAGCGGAAUGCUGAGAACGCUGCCUCAGAAAGCAGCUCGGAGGCCAAGGAGGAGAAGAAGGAUUAAGCGCCUUUGUUCAUCUUUCCACCUUACCUCUUGCUCCUUUCGCAGCUCGCAUCAUCUUUGCUGUAUCUUGGUUUCUCCCAUUGCAUCGCUCUUUCGUCACAACACAUUCAUCCACUCCGCACUCACGCCCACACGCAUCUUUUUAGAUUAUGAGAAAAGUACCGCUCAGACAUACUUUAGUACUCACAUGAUUCUGAUUUGCACUCGGCCGCUGCACAGUCCAUGUAGUGGUCGGGACAUAUCUGCUUUUUAUUAUCUGACAAUGCCCUCCCCGCUCAGUUUAUAUGUAUUUGCAUAGGAUUUUCGCACUGCAUCGCAAUUAUUUCAGUGGUGCUAAUGAGAUUGAUCAAAAAUA